AUGUUCAAGUAUUUCUAUACAUUAUUUAUUUUUAUUUUUAUCAUUAUUAAUUUGAUAAAAUCUUCCAAAUUUUGUACACAUCAUGAGGAAUGUAUUGAGAAGACAAAAAAGUUAACUGGAGAUGUCAAUUUAUUUUGGUUUGGUGAUGAAUGGAGAACAUUAUGUGAUCAAAGGUAUUUUAAAUAUCAACAAAAAAAUAAAGUUAAUUCUAUUGAUUGCCUAAAUCCACCUAAUCUUUCAAAAUUUCAUUCUCUUGGUUCAAGAUUAUUUCAAGUACCAACAUUUUCAUCUCAUUUUUUGGAUAAUUUAAAAAUAUUUCCUCGAGUGACAUUUUUUCCCAAAUCGGGUAAUUAUACAGCAUGUGAUCAUGAGUUUAAUAUAGAUAUGGGGAAAAAAAAAGAAAUUCAUGGGCAUCCUGAAAUGACACCAAUAGAUUCUUUCUUCACAAUAACACCACCUGACUUAAAUUGGCCAGGACUUGGUAAAGAUAAUAAUAGAUAUAUUAUCUUAAUCCUCGAUCCAUCAGAAGGUAAAAUUUUAUUUUUAUCUAUAAAUUUUCCCUAUGAAACAACCAAUAUCAUUGAAUAUAAUACCCUGAAACCUUAUAGAAAUUCUCCCUCACCAAUGGUAUUUUUAAUUUUUGAUCAAGGACAAAAUAGUAGUCAAUUAAAUUAUAUACCUCAACAAUUAAAUGAUGAUAAACAUUUUAAUUUUGAAGACACUUCACAAAAUAUUUUUGAUUUACCAUUAUUUAUGCUUAAAAAUAAUUUAACAACAAAAUUAGUUGGUUUGACGUGGUCUUUAAUUAAAACAGAUCCAUAUUCAUUAGAAAUAAAUAGACAGGUAAAUGGAAUAGAUAACUGUCAUUCAUUAUUGAUAAAAAAACUUCAAAAAGAACAGUUAUUUGAUUUUGUUUCAAAUUUUAAUUUAAAUGAACUUGAUAAUACAAUAUCAUUAUCAUAUUAUCAACCAUCAACAGAAUUUAGUAUAUGUUGUGAAACAUUUUCUUAUGAUGAAGAUUAUAUUGUGGCUGAUCCAUUAGCUUAUGCAUAUAUACCAUCAUUAGCAUUGAUAAAUAAACCAAAACUUAAAAUGAUAAAAAAUAGUAAUUUUGUUGAUAAUUAUCAAAGAAUUCAAAGACAUUAUGUUGUGAAGAAGGAUGAAAAAUUUAUUCUUGUUAUGUUUGAACCAAAUAAAAAAAGAUUAUUUUGGUUGGUUUCUGAUGUCACUGGUAUUUCAUUGGCCAAAGGAAAUGACAUAGAUGGUGUAACAAUAGUACCUUAUGAAGAUCCAUCAUCGUAUGAUCCAAAUAAUUGUAAUGAUGUAGUGUUGAUGGUUCUUGAAGAAUCAAGAUAUGGAAAAAAAGUUAGCAUAAGAAAACAUAGAGAGGAUGAUAAUGAAAUUAAAACAAUAUCCAAUUCAUAUAUGACUAAGAUGCUUCAUGAUUAUUUUACUUUUGAUCAACAGAAAUUACCUAGUAAUUAUUUUGGUUCAGAGGGAUCAAGGCAAAAUUUUAGUAUAGAAAAUUUUAAAUCUUAUAUGAAAGUAAAGUUAACAGCUAUAACAUGGUUUGAAAGUUGUUAUGAUGAGUUUAAUGCUAUCACUCAGAUAAGGCAUAUAAUAAAAAAUAAUUUAACUGAAAAUGAUGUUAAAAAGAAGUAUGAUAAGUAUAAAAUUAAUAAAAUUGAAUAUUAUGGAUAUCCACAGACUCCUGAAGUUAAAUUAGCAAAAACUGAACGUUUAAAAAGAGAAUUAAUGGUAGCAAUAUGUAAAGUAUUAAAGCCAACUUUUAAUAAUACUUGUAAAAAUAUUAACAGUUCAAUGAAAGCCUCUAUCAAUUAUAUACUUAUAGUUUUAAUAUUAAUAAUAGCUUUACUAAGGAAAUAUUAG